CUCAGUGUAGCUGUAAGCAGGAACGAAUUUCAUAUACACCUCCAGAGAGCCCAGUGCCGAGUUACGCUUCCUCGACUCCACUUCAUGUUCCAGUGCCUCGAGCGCUCAGGAUGGAGGAAGACUCAAUCCGCCUGCCUGCGCACCUGCGCUUGCAGCCAAUUUACUGGAGCAGGGAUGACGUAGCCCAGUGGCUCAAGUGGGCUGAAAAUGAGUUUUCUUUAAGGCCAAUUGACAGCAACACAUUUGAAAUGAAUGGCAAAGCUCUCCUGCUGCUGACCAAAGAGGACUUUCGCUAUCGAUCUCCUCAUUCAGGUGAUGUGCUCUAUGAACUCCUUCAGCAUAUUCUGAAGCAGAGGAAACCUCGGAUUCUUUUUUCACCAUUCUUCCACCCUGGAAACUCUAUACACACACAGCCGGAGGUCAUAUUGCAUCAGAACCACGAGGAAGAUAACUGUGUCCAGAGGACCCCCAGGCCGUCGGUGGAGAGCGUGCACCACAACCCUCCCACCAUUGAACUGUUGCACCGCUCCAGGUCGCCCAUCACGACAAACCACCGGCCCUCUCCCGACCCCGAGCAGCGGCCCCUCCGGUCCCCCCUGGACAACAUGAUCCGCCGCCUCUCCCCGGCUGAGAGGGCCCAGGGACCGAGGCUGCACCAGGAGAACAACCACCAGGAGUCCUACCCCCUGUCCGUGUCUCCCAUGGAGAAUAAUCACUGCCCGCCGUCCUCCGAGUCCCACCCGAAGCCAUCCAGCCCCCGGCAAGAGAGCACACGGGUGAUCCAGCUGAUGCCCAGCCCCAUCAUGCACCCUCUGAUCCUGAACCCCCGGCACUCGGUGGAUUUCAAACAGUCCAGGCUCUCCGAGGACGGGCUGCACAGGGAAGGGAAGCCCAUCAACCUCUCGCAUCGGGAAGACCUGGCUUACAUGAACCACAUCAUGGUCUCGGUCUCCCCGCCCGAAGAGCACGCCAUGCCCAUUGGGAGAAUAGCAGACUGUAGACUGCUUUGGGAUUACGUCUAUCAGUUGCUUUCUGACAGCCGGUACGAAAACUUCAUCCGAUGGGAGGACAAAGAAUCCAAAAUAUUCCGGAUAGUGGAUCCCAAUGGACUUGCUCGACUGUGGGGAAACCAUAAGAACAGAACAAACAUGACCUAUGAGAAAAUGUCCAGAGCCCUGCGCCACUACUACAAACUAAACAUUAUCAGGAAGGAGCCAGGACAAAGGCUUUUGUUCAGGUUUAUGAAAACCCCAGAUGAAAUAAUGAGUGGCCGAACAGACCGUCUGGAACACCUUGAGUCCCAGGAGCUGGAUGAACAAAUAUACCAAGAAGAUGAAUGCUGAAGGAACCAACACUCCACCUCAGCAAGCUGGCAGCCCAGGGAACCCCUGCCCUCCGAGAUUGCUAGAGGCGUGACAGCACAGGCGGGCUGAGGAGAGUGGAAGAGGAAGAGACCCCAGAAAUGGCAGGGACACUUCCCUUGCAGACCAAGCGGGACCUCAGAGCACCUUAGACAAACCACCCAGCAAAGGCGGGGCUGGAGUUCUGGCCGAGGGCAUGAGCCUGGGACUCGCAUGUCACGUUUCCUUCUUUGGAAUCUCUCAUCUGUGAUUCCUCACCCUCACCCUUCCACCAUUGUUAGUUUCAUGGUGUUUUUUUGUUUUGUUUUUUUUUUUAAGAACAUGCAGUUUGACUUUCAUCAUUCAUAUAGGGGAAGACAUCUGAUGUUGUUUUCCUAUGGAAAUAUAUAUCUGUUAUAUAUAUAUAUUUUUUGCAAAUCUCACAAAGUACGGCAAGCCCAGCUGGUCAGGAAAGAAAAUACUUGCGGAAGGGUUUAGGUUCCUCUUUUUCCUGCCACAUGGAUCAGGUUUGUUCCUGUUACUGUUGGGUCUUGGCUGAAAAAAAGAAAAAAAAAAAGAUGCUUUUUAAAAAGAUCAAGUGAAAAGGAG